CGGCCUAUGGCCUUGCAUGAAGAUCCCGAUUAUCCGAAUCGCCGCCACUUGACUGUCCAAUGUGAUAUCCACAUUUUGUCGACAAUGGCGGUAUUAGUCAUUGUUGUAGAUGUCCAUCGCAUUUCCUUUGGAUGAAGUUUCUUGGUCCCGUUACUCACGAUUAGAAUGAUUUCUGAACUCGUUAUACCUUUAUGAACAUGGGUUCAACCAAAGAGGAACACGAAGAGGCCGAAAAGGUCGAACCUGUGGUGAACCCAACCGACGAUGUUGAAAGCCAGAAAUCACUGGGACUACAACGCGUCUCGUCUCGCAUAUCAACACACGAUGCCGUUGCCUCGCAUGAUAGAUAUCACGAACAAGGUGAUGAAGUCUAUCAAAAAUUCAGUUCCUCUAGAAAGAAGAUCAUUGUCGUCGUCGUGGCGUUUUGUGGUUUACUUUCACCAAUCUCUUCGACCAGCGUAGUCUCUGCGGCGCCGGAAGUAGUAUCGACGUACCACACGACUGGUACAAUCUUCAACUUGAGCAAUGCAUUAUAUCUGUUCUUCAUGGGUCUAUCUCCUCUUGUCUACGGACCAGCUUCACAGGCAUUCGGGAGAAAGCCAAUCAUGUUAUUAUGUGCGGUAACGUUCACAGUCUUCAGUAUCGCCACCGCAGUGGCGCCCAAUCUUGCAUCAUAUUUUGUGUUUCGCAUUCUCACUGCGUUUCAAGGAACCUCUUGGGGUUUAGGAUCUACUGUGAUUGGUGACAUAUAUGCCCCUGUCGAACGCGGCACUGCCUAUUCAUUCUUUUCCCUUGGAACACUUGUCGGCCCUGCAUUUGGUCCGUUCAUCGCCGGACUAAUCGUGACCUACCAGUCUUGGAGGGUCAUCUUCUACUUCCAGGGUGCACUCGCAGCCGUUGGAACUCUGGCCAUUUUUUUCCUGCUUCCGGAGACGAUCCAUCAAAAACGAUCUGAUGAGCUUGCGGGAUUGACCAAGCUUCAAAAAGCCGGCCGGAUAUGCUCCUGGAUGAAUCCGAUUCGCGUCGUCACGCUGCUACUACGACCAAACUUGCUCAUCGUAGGACUUGCGAGCUCUGCAUUAACCUGGAAUAUGUAUGCGCUCCUCACGCCGAUUCGCUACGUCCUUAAUCCGGCGUUCAACCUCACGUCGCCUCUGCAGAGCGGAUUAUUCUACCUGGCUCCAGGAUUCGGCUAUCUUUUCGGUGCAUUAUUCGGCGGUCGCUGGGCCGAUAGAGUUGUCAAGAAGAAUAUCGAUCGCCGUGGAGUCCGGAUCCCAGAGGACCGCCUACGUUCCGCAUUGACCAAUCUGGGCUUGGUCACGCCCGCCUGCAUGUUGAUUUAUGGCUGGUCGAUCGAAAAGCAGUUUGGAGGGAUAGCGUUGCCGGGAGUUGCGCAGCUUUUCUGCUUCCCGAGUCUCAAUACCUAUUGUUUGGACGUCAUGCCAGGGAGAUCAUCGGAGGUCGUGGCGAGCAAUUACUUCUUGCGCUACACUUUUGCGGCCGCUGCCUCCGCUGCUUGCUUGCCGAUGAUAGAAGGAAUCGGCGUCGGGUGGACGAACGUUGUAUCGGCUGUGUUCGUCAUGGCUGCAGCUGGAGGGGUCUUAGCAGUGACCAUCAUUUGGGAAGCGAUUCGGACGUCAUGUUCGCAUCAGCACAUCCUGGGGUUAGACCAAGGAGAAGGCUCAGGAAUCGUUCCAGGAAGACGAUGCGCAGCCAGAUAG